GGGCUGGGCCCACAGUGUGAGCACAGCGCUGGGGAUAGGAGACCGUGUCCGAUUCUGCGCAUUUGGACAACUGCCCUAAGGCUGCGGCAACGCCGGCGACGCGUCGCCUGCGCCCAACAACGGGAGCACCAUACUGAGAGCAUUUUGCAACAGGAGAGCUGCUUGGCGCCAAUCGCCGCAUCCAAAAAAUGGCCAGCGAGGCAGCGACAACCCAAAAACUCUUGGACAAAGAACGCGAAAAGCACCGCGCCAGCAAACGCGCCGCGAAGCUCGCCGCCGACCAGGCCAAAGGCCUCAAACAAGCGCUAGACACCGAAAAGCAAAGGACCGCCGCGGCGGAGGAGCGCGCGCGCCAGUUCGAGGUGGCCCUCUUCGAGGAGAGAGCGAGGAGCGCGAAGGCGCUCGCCGAGCAGCGCGCGGAAUGCCUAGAGGCGGCCGUCGAGGUCGCGCGGGAAAUUGCAGAACGCCAGCCUCCACAGCAACUCACGCCGGGCCCGGGCCCGCCCGCGCGGCGCGCGUCGACUCAGGCAACGGAAUUGGCAAGAGGCGCGCCGUCGACGUCUGUGUGGAAAUCAAUGAGUUAGGUUAUCCUGAGAUUUGUUGCGGAGACCUUCGUCCACCUAAACGCCAUCGAGCAGACGCAGGAAUGGAGGCAACCUCGUGUCGAUGGCGUUAGCUCUACACGCCAUCGAGCAGAUGCAGUUACAGGGACGACGUCGCGUCGAUGGCGUGGGGCGCCCGAAAUUUGAUUUCCACACAGGUCGACGUGGUCCGAGGCCUCGCAACGGGCGUCCGUGCUCGGCGUCGGUAUUUUGUUCAAGGCGCGGCAACUGCGGGCGCACCACGGCCCCUGCCUUGAAGGAGACGGCGAGCCGCUCAAGGAGACGCUCACGGCCAUCGCGCACCCGUACGGGGGCGCGCCGCCCUUAUCGCCCGCCGAGGCGCUGCCCGCGGCGUUGGCGUGCGUCGACUUUUGUGUGGUGGCGCUGCCCGCAUUGCUCGACUCCGCGUCCACUACUGAUGAAGGCGUCCUCGCGACGCUCAAGUCGGCGGCGUCGACAGCCGCGUCGAAGGUCGCGUCGACGGUGGACCAGGUCCUCUGGGAGGAGGAGAACGUCGACAUCGCGACGCUGUCGCGGCCAGCUUUAAAAAGCCAGGUCGACUCGAUGCUCGCGCAGGGGCCGCUGACCCCUCAUAAAAGCGAGGAGCGCGACGGGACGAGCCUGUAGUAACUUGUGAUUUGUUA